AUGAAGUUCAAAGUGUCUCCAUUGACUAAAAUUAUAUCGUUGUCGGGUUUCUUAGCCCUUGGUUUUCUACUGGUGAUUUUAAGUUGUGCACUAUUUCAUAAUUACUAUCCACUAUUCGAUAUCUUACUUUUUCUAGUGGCACCUUUACCAAACUCACUGUUUGGAUCAGGAUCUACCGCUUACAGUACUUCUGAUUUUAUGACGGAUUCUACACAUGCUGGUCAAGAUUUCGCACAUUUCUUAACUGGUACUUUCGUCACUAGCGGUAUCACAUUACCAUUAAUCUUAUACCACUGUCAAUAUAUUACAUCCGUCAGUUGUGCCAUGAGCAUACUAGGUGGUCUGAUCAUUUAUUCAAGCAUCGUUAUAUUUUCUUGGUUUUUCAACAGCAAUUGGGAUGGUGAUGAAGAUGCCCUAUUCAAUUAA